AUGGCCGUAAACAACGCGAUGGAAGUUACAAGCCGUCGGUCGGACGAAUGCUGUACCGGACUUCGAUCUGUCAUCGACGUGCUAGAUUUAGCCGUCGAUCGGAGGCUCACGGCGCCAUUACCCUCAUCACGUCAUGACGGACUCGGAAAACUGUUCAGGUCGUCUCCGGAGUUGGAUUUGGAUUUGGAUUCGGCCGUGCACUGCUGCAAGAUGGCUGUUUCGACGAUUGCAGCAUCAACCGAAGAACAAAAUAGUCGUGUCCUAUGCACUAUCGACGCGUUGGACCUUGCCGUUGACGGUCGAAGGAUAUCCGUGGCCGCCGGACUGCCAAGUUUGCACCGGGAACCCUUCCGGUCGUGCCCGGAGAUGACAGUGAAAUCGCCUCUGUACGGCAAAUCGAAGACGAUCGAACGCCUCGUCGGAAGUCUCGAAAUCUCGCCGGAUGAACUCCCGCAGACACCUGAGCAGCCGCGGCGAAAAUCCGAGUGGAAGAGGUCCAGGACCGGACUUCCAUCUGUCAUCGACGUGCUAGAUUUAGCCGUCGAUCGGAGGAUCAGGGCGCCAUUACCCUCAUCACGUCAUGACGGACUCGGAAAACUGUUCAGGUCGUCUCCGGAGUUGGAUUUGGAUUCGACCGUGCACUGCUGCAAGAUGGCCGUUUCGACGAUUGCAGCAUCCACCGAGGAACAAAAUAGUCGUGUCCUAUGCACUAUUGACGCGUUGGACCUUGCCGUUGACGGUCGAAGGAAAUCCGUGGCCGCCGGACUGCCGAGUUUACGACAGAAACCCUUCUAG